GUUCCAUCCUCACAGCCCUUGUGGAUUGCUACAUCUGGAAUCGCACGAUUCCUCUCGAGUCGUAGUCAUGGCCGAGGCACCAGCGCGUCAGGAGGGAGAAGCGAGCGGCGGCUUUUUGAAGUCGGCCGCCAGCAGUAUUGGCAUGUUCCUACUCAUCCAGGGCGGCAUGAAGUAUUUCAUGCCAUCGUCUGCCCCAGCACCUGCCAGCGGCGUAGCGCAACCACAGCAAGGAACUGUCGCCCCCAAAGGCGUUGCUGUCAAUAUCCCCGCCUGGGAGAACCGCCCACACCAGCUCGAUGCCGACGCACAGUACCGUUCCAUUCCGUUCAAUGUUGCGCCCAUGUGGCACCCGGGGAUUCCGCUCGACAUCGCCCUGUACAUCUCGACAUCGGUCGCCAUGCCUCCGCUUAAAUCCAUGCCCAAGGACUCGCUGCUAAUCGACGAGACCAACUUCGUCUAUGGAGACUACAAGCAGAGCAGAGAGAUCCAGACCGAGUUUGCCGUUCCGAAAGACGUCCAGCACAAUGCGACCCUGCUCGCUCACUUCUACGUGGCAAAGCAUGGCAGCGUACUUGAUCCCACCUCGCCCAGAUAUGACCCAGCAAACGCCUACCACUUCAUCCGACCCUUGACCCAGUACCUGCCCAAGAAGAAGAUUUCCAAGACAAGGAACCUGCUGAGCGAUAUGCCAGAGCGCAAAGAGAAGGAGACGGACGAGGAGAAGAAUGCGCCCAAGGUCGUCGCGUCGUACUAUCACCCCAACUUUACCAUCUCAUUCAUUCCCGAUGCUGGCGUUCUCAACUACCCUAACAUGCACCCGGGACCCAGACAGCAUGUUACUCUCGAAGCGACAGGCCAGCGCGAUGCUACUGGUCAGAAUGGAUGGUACUACCCCGUCGUCUUCACAAACACCUUCUGGCAGCUCAAGAAGAGCAUGGUUGAGAUCAAUGACACUGUCACCACACUCCCCUUGAACGUCAACCUCAACAAUCUUGCCAACUGGAAAUUCAACUUGUACGCCGCCGUCGACGAAAACCUCCGAUCUCAGGCCGCUGCAGCUGCAGCUGGUCAGGCCAGCCCCACCGGUGGUGACGGUUCGGAGAUGGAGAUGUUCAAGGAGAUUCUGAUUGAUAGCAACUCUUACCUCCUCGCUAUAACUGCUGUCGUCUCGCUGUUCCACAUGGUCUUUGAAAUGCUGGCCUUUAAGAACGACGUGCAGCACUGGCGUAAGAAGAAAGACAACAUCGGUACUUCGGUCCGCACCAUUCUUGCCAACGUUGUUAUGCAGUUCAUCAUCUUCCUCUACCUCAUGGACAAUAACGAAAACACUUCAUGGAUGAUUCUGUUCGGUCAAGGCAUGGGCAUUGCCAUCGAAGCCUGGAAGAUCACAAAGGCUGCUGAUGUCCGCAUUCGCGAGACCGCGCCGGGCUCCUUAAUCCCUUACAAGAUUGUUCUAGAGGAUAAACACGUCUUGUCUGAGACAGAGAAGAAGACCGAGGAGUAUGAUCAGAUCGCCUUCAAAUACCUCUACAUGGUUGCCGUCCCGCUUCUCCUCGCAUACGCUACCUACUCUCUCUACUACGACACCCACAAGUCAUGGUAUUCAUUCAUCAUCGCCACGCUUGUCGGUUCCGUCUACGCAUACGGUUUCCUCAUGAUGGUUCCCUCGCUGUAUAUCAACUACCGUCUACAGUCUGUGGCACACAUGCCUGGUCGUGCUAUGACAUACAAGUUCCUAAACACUUUCAUCGACGACCUCUUCGCCUUCACUAUCAAAAUGCCCACCCUCCAUCGUCUAGCGACUUUGAGAGACGACGUUAUCUUCUUUGUCUAUCUCUUCCAGACUUGGAAGUACAAGGUUGAUCCUACCCGUAUCAACGAAUUUGGACAGGGUGGUGAUGACGAGGAGACCGAGGAGAAGGAUGCGAACAGGCCACUGGCGGCUGCGCCAGCGGCGGACAAGAGUCUCAAAGUCCCUGAUAUGGAGAAGGUAAAGGCGGUAGAGGCGGCGAAAGCGUCAGGGAGCGAGAAGAAAGGCGAGGGGAGAAAGAGGAAGUAGAGCAUCAACGCGGAUGGGAGACUUGCUAAGCGGAUUGGUGUGUAGAAGGCACGGUUUUAGAGGGUGGAUAUAGCAAGGAACGAAGAAUGAAGACAGAGAAAAAGGGUUAUUGCUGGUGAUUUCAUUGCAACUGUCCUUGGAUAGGCUCGGUGCGCUUAUGAGUCCUUGUUUACGUACACAUCUGCAGCGCUGUAUUGAAGUCAUACCGGAUAUCAUAGCAUGUAGCCCACAUCAACUGAUCCGUAUCAGCUUUUCCGAU